UUAUCAGUUAUCACAUAAUAGUUUUCAAAAUAGUCGAUUCUAUCAACUAAAUAAAAAUGUGUUUUCAAAAGGUGAAUAGACUAUGUUAAAACGGAAAUUCGACAUUGUUUUAUUUUUCUGUUGCGAGUUGGGUGGAAAGCGAACAUAGUUUUUAUAAAAUUUACACCCGUACCAACCCGCCAGUGACAAAACCGGGUAUAAGUGACUUGCGACCCAAAACUCGUCAACACUAGGUUCAACCCACUCUAACCGUAUUGAAUUAGGUUUGACACCCCUCCAUAAAUGACAUUGUUUUGGUUUUUUGGGUGCGGGUAUGAUGGAAAGCAAACUGAGUUUUAAAAAAAUCCACACAACUCAACACGAAAAUCACAAAAGCAGGUAAAACUCAGUCCAGACCGAAACUCGUCAAUACCACAUUCAACAUUCUUUGACUUGGUCGAUUGUUUCGUUUUUUAGUUAGGUGUGGGUUUUUAAUAAAAUCAACACCGUACCCAAACCGUCAUUUAGAAAAGCGGGUAAAACUAACUCGCGAGCUAAAACUCGUCCGUCUACACCAGGUUCACGAGCUAAAACUCAUCUGCUUCAUGUACAACUCUGCUCUCUCUUAUGCAAGUGUACAAAGGUCUAAGUGGGCAAAGAGUCAAUCUGGCCAAAUCCGCAAUAAUGUUCAAUCGGAAUACCCUUCUGAAUGCUGCACAAUCAAUGGGAACUCAACUGGGGGUUGGUAGUAUCGGAGAGCAAGACUCAUAUCUUGGAUUACCUUCCAUCUUAGGAAGGUCUAAGAGAGAUGCUUUUCUAUUCAUUAAGGAUAAGUUCCGCCAGAAAUUUGAUGGUUGGAAGCAAAGGGCUCUAUCCAAAGCAGGCAAGGAUACACUUAUAAGAACUUUUGCGACUAACUUACCUGACCAUGGUAUGUCAUGCUUUAAAUUUCCUAAAUAAACCUGUCGACGAUUGAACAGACAAGUAGUCAGAUUUUGGUGGGGCUCCUCUUCAAAUUCUGAACACCCUAUCCAUUGGGUCUCUUGGAGGGGAAUAUCUCAAAGAAAAUUCCAGGGUGGUUUGAGAUUUAGGGACUUUCAGGCGUUUAAUCAAGUGCUCUUGGCGAAACAAUUUUGGCUAAUUUGGACUAAUCCAGACUCUCUGUUAGGCCAAAUCUAAAAAGGCGUUACUUUAGCUCUUCGUUCAUUCUAAAGGCUCGGGUUGGGUCCAUCCCAUCAUGGGGAUGGCGUAGUCAACUUUAUGAACGAAAGCUUCUCCUUCACGGAUUACGUUGGCAAGUAGGAGAUGGCCAUGACAUCAAUGCUUUCUAUGGCACUUGGAUCCCAGCUCUGAAGCCAGAAGCCCGGUAAUUAGGUUGGGUAACAUUAACUCUGCGCCGCGAGUGUCUUUUUUUAUAAGGGCGGGUAUGGGGGGAAUGGCAUGUGCCGCGCCUUCACUAUUAUUUUAAUUCCCAAUCAGUUGGCCUUAUUUGCAAGAUGGCUCUGCCGCGGAAAGCUCAACCAGAUACCAACAUAUGGCACUUCACAAAAAAUGGUAAAUAUUCAGUUAAGACAGGUUAUCACUUGGCUUUAGAAGGUAUCGUGAUUCCAAAUAGAAAAUCAUUGGCUCAUAUUAUUGAUCCUCCUCCAAAACUCAGAUUCUUCAUCUGGCAAUGUCUCAAAGUAGUUCUCCCUACAAUAGUGGCUCUCAAAUCCCGAGUGGUUAACUGCCUGCGUCGUUGGCCCGUUGACCUAUUUGUUGGAGGUUCCAAGAAAGUAUAAAACAUUUAUUCUUGCGUUUCCCCCUUGCCAUCCAACUAUGGUAUUUUGUGGGAUUAAUUAAUAUACUGAAUGCAACCCCAAGAAUUAAUUUCAGCUUGUGGUGGCGUCAAAUUAUGCUAGAUGAGCAGUCAUAAACCCAUAUUCUCUAGAUAGUGUGCCUCUUGUGGAGAAUAUGAAAAUCAAGAAAUAAAGUUGUAUUUGAAAAUACCCAACCUCAUAUCAGUUCGUUAGCCCAUCAAUUCUCUUUCCAAAUCUGCGAAGUGCUCUCUGCCCAGCCUUACCACCUCCCCUACCUCGUGCUCCUGUCUCUACUAGACCUCUUCUUUGAGAAUGCCUGCCUCAAGACUUGUUAUAGAUUUUAGAGCAGUUCUGCGGACUGUCAACUGGGAUGCUCAUAUAUAGGUGGCACGUAAAGCCCUGUUGUUGUUCCGGCUAGAGUUAGUUUCUGUUGACUUUGUUGGUUAUCAGUGGGAUGUGAAGAGGUUGUGGGUAGUGGUUCUUUGUAACUAUGUUCUUGAUAAUUCUCGGGGAAAAAAGACAUUAAAACUAGUUUUUGACAGCAUAGAGUUACUCUUAUAAGUCACUAAUUCAUCUAGAAAAAAAAUAUUGUUUAAUUCUUAUUAUGUUAUGUAUGCUCAAGAGUUUUAAAAGGCUCUCUCGGUGAAUAAUUUGGGUCCAAAUUCAAUUAUAUGCAUCAUUAAAAUGGCGAGUUAUGUGGUGCCAUUUCAAGAUUCGUGGCCCGUGCCGCCAUAUUUUCCACCUUCAAAUUCAUUUUAUUCUCUAUUGGCGUCGAAUUGAUUGCAGGUGGCCUCAAGUUUAGUAGACCUAAUCGUCAAAAAGUGGCACGUGGGGUAGAGAUUCUUAGGUAAUAAUCCAUUUUAUUCAUGCUAUGUAUUAUGUAGGCAGCCGCCGGAAAGAAUUGUUAAAUAUAACAGAAUUUGCACAAGCAUUUUGCCGAAUAUCACUUGUAGAAAAUAAACAAAAAUAUAUUCAAACAAUUCACUGGAUCAUCUUAUGCUAGAUUAUCAAAGGUUUGUUGAAGAUACCUGGAUUCAUGAUGACCGUCUAAAUCUAGAUGAAGAAAUGAUGACGAUCAAUCUUCGAACGAUGCCUAUAACCGCACGACCCGGGAGGUUAUGCAACCUUCCUCAACCAAGCUCCCUCAAACCCAGUCUUAGGCUAUCUCACUCAUUCUUAUAGGAAGAAUAUGUGUGUGUUGAACUUGGUGCAUUAAUUGGGGACUACAAUCUCAAAUUCCUUAUAUACAAGUCACACCAUGGCUCUCAUAACACUAUAUGUGGACACGUAUGUAGCUUUCCACACAUUGAACUUACGGGGUCGUUUGCUUGUUGGAUUUGGUUAUAGGUGUCAAUCGGGCAGGUUCGGGCUGGGUUCAAUCGGGUUGCGGGUUAGUCGGGUUGCGGGUUCGUCGGUUCGGGUUCAAUCGGGUUCGGGUUUAAUCGGGUUGCGGGUUAGUCAGGUUGCGGGUUGAUCUGGUUUGGGUUCAAUCGGGUUACGGGCAAAUCGGGUUUCGGACCGGGCGGAUUGGGUUGCGGGUUGUUCGGGUCAACGUGUCGAAUUACUUACUCGUUACCAACUUACACAUUUUAAUACACUAAUUUAAAAUAUUUUUCACAGUUUUUAAUAAAUUUCUUUGUACUGUGUAUAUAUACUUAAUUAAGAAAAACUAGUCAAAAUCACCACAACCGAAAUUUGAAAUCUCGCCUUCCCACCAUAACUAAAAUUGCGCCGCCCAAAAUUUCAUCAUCACCCGCCCACUACAAUUACACCAAAAACACAAAACCCUUCCCUCUACUUGCAAAAAAUUGGGUGCCCAAAAUUUCAUCACACCCGCCCAAAACCAAAAUUUUAUCACACCCGCCCAAAAUUACUUCUUAGUUCUUACCCUGUCAUCUUUUCCAAUAAUAAAGUUUAUUAUUAUAGACAAAAGGUCUUAGUUAUUAUUUAUUAUAAAUAUUAGCAUUGUGC